AUGUUGGUGAUUACCAUUCGAGAUCCCGACAAGGAAAUGUAUGCGCUACGCCACUCGGUAUCAAUAUACGUAAACUGUUUAAGAAUCAAGAUCCACGGGUUUGAGAUAUUCCUAUCCGAUCUUGCGGUCCUAAACAGUCACCUGCCCAGGGAGGAUAUCAGGAAUAUUGUUGUACCGAACAAUACUCCUCUCAAUCCCACCAUUGGGAAAUGUAUAAAGUAUAUCGGUCGUGCGAGUGAUCUUAUCAUCGUUGCUGUUACUUUUGAGGACGAAGGUAAAGGCGAAGAUGACGAAGACGAACGCGCAGAUGAAUAUGAAGAUGACAAUGAAGGCGCAGUUGUGCCCUGGGGAAAUGUCAUUGUCGAUGAGACUUGGGCUGUUUUGGUGGUUCUAGUGACAAUUCGAAAAGUCUUGUUACCACUGUUAGUCUCUGUCGCAGACGCCGAGGUUGAGAUUGGAGCUUCAGUUGCGUUUCUGUCUUCAUCUGAAGUUCUGGUGCCACUUGCUUCUAAUUUAACCUCCUUUUCUUUGUUAACGCUAUAUUCCUCACCGUUCAACACGCAGACGGCGCCUGUGGCAGCUUUCGAGGAUGUUGCUCCUAUUGUUUUUGUUUCCCAUAUGUGUUGA